UUAAAGAAAAACAAGUAAUAUUGAAUGAACAAGGAAUGAAAGAAUAAUUGUGAUCGGUGGAGUCGCGUGUUACUUCGACUCGUCGUAUCGCCCUUUCUAAGGGGGAGGAUGGAGGAGGAGGAGAAGUGAGAACGAAUGAAUCAUUGAGACGACCUCUGACGUGUCGAACAAAAGAGGGAGGCGAUCGAAGAAUCAAAGGGGAGCAAGGUUGCGAGUCAAGUAAGAAACCCGUUUCGUCGACAGAGCUGCUCGUGAAUGAAAGUACAUGUACAUACGCCCUGUUGUCGCGUCGCGAAUUCGAUUCAUUCAGGGGCAAUUGUUCGAUCCAAGAUGGCCGCCGCUUUUGUUGUGCACGCGCUGCUACGGCUACCUCGAUGCUAUUGUUCCAGGGAAACCUUGAAUUCGUAAUCAUGAGCAGAAACAACGAGAAUGGUAUAUCCAUAGCGACACCUCCGGCGAUUCACGUCGGCCCGAUAGUGAAUCCAAAUACGAACGAAACGAUCUCCAUUGUGAUACCAUUGUCGGCACAAUUGGCCACGGUAACCAGUCAGAAAAUCGAGAAGACAUGCAAAGAUUGCAACAAAGAUGGCAAACAAUCGUCGAACAAUACUUCGUCUCGUAUAAGAAACGACAAAACGAAAGGUUGUCCUUAUCCUGGCUGCACCAGGUAUGGGAGAGCGUUCUCGAGGGCGCACGAUCUCAAACGACAUAUUGCUCGUCACGAAAUGCGAAAGGAGAAGUUGUCCGAUUACGAGAAUUGUAUAAUCGGGAGCAAACAGCAGCAGAAUGGCAAAGAGAGUAACGAUAGUAUGAGAAAUUGUACAAUGGAUAAGCAGCAACAAAUGAGUUGGACGGAUGAUUCUCGCGAGAGCAAGUCUUAUUCCUGUACGCACUGCAAGAAAAAGUACACCAGCGAGAUUAAACUGAAGGUCCAUAUGAGCUCACACGAUAAGGUACCCGGGAAGAACGUGUGUGCACUGUGCGGAACAUGUUCCCGGGACGAAGAGGAGUUACAAGAGCACAUGAAACAGCACACAGCAAACAUGUUGGAGGCUCAAACGACCCUGGAGAAGAACGCAAAGGAGCAACCCGACAAAGAGGAUGAUUUUCUGUUAGAGGAGAUGUUGCUUCUGAAUAAAAACCCACGGAGGACCGUGCAACCAGGUAAAAGUAACUCUGCAGCGUCUAAGAUCAGAUGUGACUACUGCUCGAAGACUUUCAAGACUAAGUGGACGUUGAGCUCGCACGUGGCUGCUCACGAAGGCCGUUUCCAAUUCGAUUGUGGCCAAUGUGGCAAGAAAUUCGUCAGGAAGAGCCAUUACGAGGGUCACGUGAGGUCUCAUGAGGCUGCAAGACCGUACGUUUGCGAACAAUGCGGGAAAACGUUCAAAGAAUUGAAGCACAGAAGGGAGCACACCAAGAGGAAACAUCCUACCAAUCAAAACGCGAUUCAAACGCUCUUGGACAGCAUCAGUCCUUGUGGAUCCGAGGAGAUGCCAGUGGACCAAACUAAAUUCACCCUUCUGAUGCCUGUUAACUUCUCUGUGUAG